CCGUGAUAGCAAACGGACGCUUGUGGAAUGGGCUCCGCCGGAGCGGUAUCAGCGGCCCAGGUGGGCCGCGGAAACAGGUUUUUUGCUGAUGACACCCAGGACUAUCAAGUUGUUCUGCCGUCGCUGCCAACAGGUACAUCUGUUGCGAAUACUGUUUUUCUUCACGGGGACUUGAAAGCGAGGCCUUAUCGUGUAGAAGAUUUUUGGGACAUGUUGGUUCAUCUUGGAGUGCUCCCUGAAGUAAUAGCUUUGGGGGCGUUCCAGAUGAACCACGUUUGGGCCGUCACGUUCAAAAGUGCCGAAGCUACUAAGAAGAUGGUAGGAAUCGGUGAAGUACGGGUCAAGGAGAAACGGUGCCUUGUGGUUGACCCCGAAAAUCAAGAAGACGUCCGUCUCAAGCUUCAUUGGCUUCUCUUUAACGUGGCGGACGAAGAUGUGCGUGUAGCGCUUGCUCCGUACGGGAAAGUGACCGACGUCUCUAAGGAAAAGUGGAGGGUUCAAGGAAUCCAGGACAAGGGGUCGACGACGCGCCUCGUGCGCCUCAAUCUCCAUAAUGGCAUUAAGGUGGACGACCUUCCACACCAGCUGCGCGUCGCCGGUGACAUGGCCCUUCUUGUCGCGCCUGGAAGAGCGCCACUAUGCCUGCGGUGUCAUAGCAAGGGCCAUAUCCGACGUGAGUGCCGAGUUCCUCGCUGCACGCACUGCCGGCGUUUUGGACACGAAGAAAAUGAGUGCGUGAAGACGUACGCAAGUGUCGCAGGGCCGGUUGGAGGAGACGACACCGCCGAACUUGUCAUGGACGAGGCUGACGCUGAGGAAGCCGCAAGCGAAGCAACGCCGAAGGUCGAGGGGCAUGAUGAGGCAACGUUAGCCCCUCCCGACAAGCUGCAGGAUACAAGUACAAACGACGAAAGCCCAAAAAUGACUGACACAGUAGGUGACGCCAUGGGCGCCGUCAAAGUGCACGACGUCCCAGCGCAGUCACCGUCAUGCGACGAGCCGGUAGUCAUGGACGUAAGCGAGGCAGCAAGCGGCGCCACUGUCAGCAAGCGUGGCCACGAUGCUACGUUGGACGAAAAUGAGGCCCUGACUGCAGAGAACUCUGAGGGACCGCCGCCAAGGCGGCGAUCACCCGGGGGUCACUGA